GCUUCUAAACCUUAUAUUAGUUAUGGGAACUCUUGCAAUUGACACCGAGGAUUUGGAUUCGGAUAUAUACCUUGCUUUGGGACUCAAAAGAUUAGGUAAAGGAGCUAUUGGUACUCCACGGAUUUUAACACUUCUUUCUUCACUCCUUGAGAAAUCUGUCCAAAAGAAUGAGAUGCAAAUAGAGACAGCGAGUGCUAAAGACAACAUUGCAAUCUUCCAUGGCUUAAGAGUUCCCACCAUAAGCAUUCGACAAUAUAUUGAUCGAAUCUUCAAGUAUGCUCGGUGCAGUCCUUCGUGCUUUCUUGUUGCAUACAUUUACUUGGAUAGGUUCAGUCAACAAACUGAUAUGCAUUUGACUUCCCUUAAUGUUCAUCGACUCCUUAUUACCAGUGUUAUGGUGGCAGCAAAAUUUAUUGAUGACACGUAUUUCAACAAUGCAUAUUAUGCCCGAGUGGGAGGAAUAAGCACAGCUGAAUUGAACAGGUUGGAGAUGAAAUUUUUGCUUAGUCUAGAUUUUAGACUUCAAGUGAGCAUCAAUACGUUUCGAAGAUACUGUUUACAACUCCAAAAGGAAGGGAAUCAAGUUGAACGGCCUAUCCGAGCUUGUGGGAUUAAAGAGAGUUGGCCCAGCAAAAGUGAUACGCAGUGUGCUCCCACAAUUGCAAGAUGAAGUCAAAUUCUGAGUCCUAGAGAAUUUGGAUUUAUCAAUUCUUGUGCCGAAUGUAGUUUUAGUGAUGAUUCUUCAAGGAACACCAAGCUUAUUUUUUUUGCAUAAAUUUUUAUGCCAUCAGUUGGCAUGAUUGUUUCCGUCUUUGAAGCUUUUGUUUAUUUCUUCCCUGCACCUUGUGUUUUUACCUUUCUAACUUCCUUGUGCAGAAGGCAUGUCGUAUACUAAAUGCUGACUUUGUGCUGCUCAUCAAAUUUAUUGGUUGGAGUUUCCCCAAUCCAUAUUUUUCCAA